UCACGACCACGAAGCUAUUCAGUAGUGAGCAUCUGGUAGCCGUAAUGAUGUCGGUAAUAGAUAGAAUUAAACACUAUCAACGAAAUAUUGAAAAGUGCGAUGAUGAUGAGGAUAGAGUACUUCAUUGUAUUUCAAAAUUAUGCAAUUUGCCAGUAACGGUACAGCAUCUCCAGGAAACUGGCGUAGGACGUACUGUGAAUGCUUUAAGAAAGUAUGAUGGUGGUAUAGGUGAUGCUGCUAGAGCUCUUGUUGCAAAAUGGAAAGCAAUGGUCACUAGUGAAGGAACUAGCGGUGAAGAUGAGGAUGAAGCUUGUGUUCCUGAUGCACCUGAGAGCUAUAAUGACCUUGAAUCUUCAAAACUAGAAGAAAAUCCUGCUGGAAGUGAAGGAAGUGGAAAACAUGCACAUAAGUAUAAGUCAGAAAAGAAUGAAGUAUUAUACACAUCACAUAACAAUAAAUGUACUUCGAAACAUGAAUCUAAAUUGAAAUCUAUUGAAUCUCAGCCAAGAAGUAAUAAUGAUAUUGCUAAAAAUUCAAAUAGUGAUUUAGAAAAACAUAAAAAACACGAUAAAACUAAAGAUAGUCAUAGACAUGAAUCAAGAAGUGAUAGAAGAUCUUCAAAGGAUACUAAAAGUCUCUCUAAAAAAGAUGAAACUUCUAGUUCUAAACAUAAUAGUAACAGAGAAAAACAUUCUAAUAAAUCUGUGGAUAAUAGUCAAUUAUCCAAAAGUAAUGAGGAGACUUACAAAAAACGAAAACAUGAUGAUUCACAUAUGAAGAAGGAUUGUAAACGAAGAAAACAUUCAGAUAGUGAGAAUGAUGAAACUAAAUCUCAUAUGUCUUCUACUUUUGAAAAACAUAAUAGUAUUUCCGUAUUAAAUUCAGUUAAAAUAAAAGAAGAGUGCAAAGAAAAAGAUGCAUUAAAUAAAAAUGAAAUUAAACACGUCGAAAAGAAAGAUUCUCAUGAGAGAUUAAAGAAUAGCUCUAGUAAAUGUCGAACUGAUUCUUCCAAUAGUAAACUAAAAGAUAGUGGAGACAAACAUAAAUAUAAAACUGAGAUACAAACAAAUCAUAGUAAAGAUGAAACCAAACGAAGUGAUCAGCAUUCUAGUAAGGAAUCUUUGGAAUCUAAACAUCACAGCAGUUCCUCUGGUGAUAAGCACCAUGAUAAAAGCAAAGAGAAAAGCAGAAAAAAAGAUCAUAAGGAAGGAAAAAGCAAACAUGAAAGUAAGAGUAAUAGAGAUUCAAAGUAUUCCAAACAUGGAUCAAAAGAAUCAAAGGAUUUGGUAAAAAUAAUAAAGCAAGAAAUAAAUGGUGAUGAAGGAAUAGAUUGCCACUCUGGAGCUACUUUUGCAGAAGCAUUGGGUAUGUGUACAAUGGCUCAAACAUCUAAAAAACGUAAUAGCAAUACCCCAAGUACGAACACAGCAAAAAUGUUUAAAGGAGAACAAUCAACCACAAGUAACAAAAAGACAGUAGUGAAAACUGAACCAACAAGUGAUACUUUACAGACACCAUCUCUUUUAACAACAAAUGUAAAAUUAGAACCAUUAAGUGUAGAUUUGGCAUCUACAUUGCCUGAAAUUAGUCCUAAUUAUAAACCACUGCCAUAUGUCAAUCCUGUUCAUCGGAAGGAAGAAGAUAAAAUUUUAACUGAUGCAAUGUAUGUUAAAAAUCAAAGGACAAAAGUAUAUUCAGGAAAUAAGUCUGGUAUUACAAGAGUACCAACUUUAUUUGAUGUAUGUACAAGGGUACUGAUAGAGAAUAUUGAUGGUAAGUUACCUGUGAAUAAUGCACUUGAAUUUACUGGUGGUGUUCCUUUUGAUAUAAUAAAACCUGUUCUGGAACGUGCAACAGCAGAUCAAUUAUUUAUGUUGGAACAUCAUAAUCCUUAUUUAAUUGAAGAUACAGAUAAAUUAUGGCAAUUUCAUUGCAACCGCGAAUUUAGAAAUAAAGAAAGGGAAGAAAUGGAAACAUGGCGUGAAAUGUAUAUGCGAUGUUUGGAUGAAAGAGAAGCAAAAUUGAAAACGCUUACAGCUAAUAUAAAACAAUCAAUAGAUAACUCUCUACCAGCAAGAUCUACUAAACUUGCAUAUGUAGAUAAUGUUGUUAAACCUCCAAGAAAUGUUCUUAAAAAACAAGCUAAAUAUGGUACUGCAAGUUCUGCCCCUAAAAAUACGUCUACUAUAAAACAGAAAUUAAUUAAUGGUGGAGGAUCAAAAUCUGCUACAAAUAUUUCUGUUCCGCCACCACCUAUACAACGUGUAAAACCAUUAAAGAAAACAAAAGCACCGUUGAUGGCGAAAGCUCUGCAAUUAAUAAAGGGGCGUUAUAAGCGGUAGUUCUUAUAAGAGAUAUUUCAAACAGAACAUAUUCAUGUGAAGUUUGUAUGCUGCUUCCGGCAUUCCAAGAUUCACCAAAUCGACUAUGCCAAAAUAAUCGCUUACAUAAUGCUUAUGUAUCUACUGUGAAAACUGUAAUCAAUUUUGUCAAUUGUACAACAGAAAGGCAUAGAUCUCUCAAUAAUACAAAAAUUUGAAAUAUUUUGUUACAUAAAACUUAUAAAUUGUAAUAUCUUUAUAUAAAGAUAUUUAAUGUGUAUAAAUUAUUAUGAACUCAGUCGAAAAGUUUUACAUGCUACAUUAAAUUUCCUUUGAUAUUUUUUUUCAUACAAUCUAAUUAUGUUUUUUAGAAAUAUUUACCUAUAUAAGAAAUACUUAUUCAGACGGCAAAACUAAUAAAUAUGUCCCAUUUGUUGCUGUGAUUAAUUAAUUUUUUUAGAUUACAAUUG